UGGGAGCACGCAUUCUAGCCACCAGUAAAGAGUGGUGUGUGGUUAGGGCUGGGUGGACCCCUGUCCAUUCUCCGAGGAGAUCGCGGGCACUAAGUAAGGAACCAUGCCUGUGUUGCUCCCUUCCACAGACCCGGGCCAGGACUCGCGCGUUGGGGCUCCAGAAUGGCGCCAGGCGGCCAAGGCCACGUCUCGCAAGGCACACCUUCUGACCGAUCGCUGUGGGCAGGAGGCGGUGACCAUGUGGCAGCCCAAGGACAGUGUACUGGACCCGAACGUGGCACACCACCUGGGCCGCGCCGCCUACAUGGAACCCUGGCGCUUUCGGGUAGAGAUGCUCAAAGGGGGCGGCACCCUGGAAAAGCCACCGCCCGGAGAAGGCGUCACCCUAUGGAAAGGGAAGAUGAAGCCCCCGGCCUGGUACGCGCGCCUACCGCUGCCUAUGCACCGCGACGCGCGUGCCCAGCAAACCGCCGAGGUGGUGCACGCGCACGCACGCGGGGCGCGCCUCACCGCCGCCCGCCUGGGCCGCGCGCAGCACCAGAUCAAUGGGCAGCUGCGGCUGCUGCUGCGCCAGCGCGAGGCCACUGACCGCAGGCUCAGCGAGGUGCGCAAGGGCCUGCUCAUCAAUCAGCAGAGCGUCAAGUUGCGGGGCUACCGACCUAAGUGUGAGAAGAUCCCAGACAAGGCUGACAGCUUGCUUGUCUGGGAGAAAAAGGAACUUAAGUCCAUGAAGAGAAAAAUGGAGAAGGACAUGGAAAUAUCGGAGGACUUGCUCAAGGCUCUGGCCUCCUGCAGGGACACUCUGGACUUCUACUGUCAGGAACGGCUGCAAGCUGUGGAACUCAUGAAUCAGCCACUGGACAAAGUUCUGGAGCAGGCUGGCCGCCACUCGUGGGUAGACAUCACCCGACCCCCAACUCCUCGAACUCAGGGCUUGAAAACGCCUCCUCCUGACCCCAUUGGCACAUAUACCCCAGCGUGUGCUAAGGCCUUGUUUGAAGCCAAGCGCUUGUUGAUGGAGUCCAAAGACAUCUUAACAGAGAUGGCAAAGAACGAGGUGGACAUUCAAAAUCAACAACGAGAGAUAAGCGACCGUGUAUGCUCCUCGCUGGCACAGAAGAUGCGUGAGACCUUGGAGUUGAAGGAAAGAAUGACCAUGACUUUGGGGCUGAUGAGGGGGACUAUCCACCGGUGCAUGAAAUUCAAUCAAGAGAUGUACGUCACACGGGGCAUCAUCAAGGGUCCUCUGUUGAAAAGAAACCUGGAGGCGCGAGAGAAACUGAACAGACCCUUGGUACGCAUGUAUCAGAGGCACGUGGGCACCCAGCUCCCGGAGGCUACUCGCCUUGCCCAGGGUACUGACCUGCUGACCCGCCACAACUUGCACAUGGAAAAGAACUUAAAAGAGCUCCGUACAACACACGAUAACCUCGCCUGGGGCCUCAACUGCAAAAAGAUAGGGCACGAUGUGGACUACGAUGUGGUGCGUCUGCGCCUACGCCAGCGCCACCCGCACGUGUGCUAUGAGCAGGCGCAGCGCCUGGUCAAUGACUGGGACCCUCGCACACCAGUGCGCAGCCAAACUAAUACCGCCUCCAAGUGACCUCAGCUUGCCUUGGCCUUGGUGGGCUGGAGCGGAUCCCCCCAGAUACAUGGCCCUCCCUCUGACUACCCUUCCCUCCAAAUGCCCUCUAGCAGAACUAUAAUUAAAAUAUAUUCUCAUUAUUAGCCACCGACUGUAUGUCAGUCACAUCGCAAAACCUAAUGUCUCCUCGCAGUCAUAUUGUUAGGAUUUAAAUAUUAGCAGCUGGUUUCAAGCUGUGUGGCCUUGGGCAAGUCACUGCCCUUCUCUGACCUCAGUCUCUCAAGCCUGUAAAAUGAAUAUAACAGCACCUAUCUUAAACAAUUGUGAUAAUGACAGAUGAGUAUGUCAGUAGAAGGUCUGUAGCACGGUUGCUGCCUAUCGUAACAUAAGCUGUUAUUAUCAUCCCCAUGUUACAGCUGAGGAAACUGAGGCACAGAGAAGUUAAGCCACUUACUCAAGCUUCAUCCAUGGCUACAGAGCCUGCCCUCUUAGCAGAGUGCUUCCAACACCCGCUUCUGUCCUUGCCCCACAAAAAGUAUCAGGCCCUGAACUAGGCAGGUUGCAGCAGUGGGCACAGCUGAAAUGACCACUGCCCUUGUGAAGCUCACAUCCCCUGCAGCCCGUGUUCUUUUCGGAGAGACCCUUGAGUGGCC